AAGGUAGUUUCACGAUUGAAAACGCCUGCUGCAGUGUAUGAUCAAAAGUCUUCUUAUUUCCUCGCGAGUUUUGGGGGGGAUUUUGACCGAAUAAAGUGGCUAAAUGCAGCCAAAUGUCUCGUUGAACACUGACAAGUCGGAGGAGCACUUGAAGGCAGCAUCAGCAGUCAACCUUCUCGUUCGGCCUUACAUAAUGCGUUGUGAAACCCCGCCCACUUUCUUAGCCUGCAAAUAAGGCUGCAGGCAGGAGUCGCUUCACAGUUUGAGUGAACGAGAGCGUCAGCAGUUUGCAGUUUCACUCUGAUAAAGAAAGAAAAACGUUUUUGUCCAAGUGCAACACCUCGCGGAACGAUACUAAAAGAACCCCUCACUUUCCGUCCGGAGACGACUAGCACGAGCCGCGAAAAUGAUCUUUGACAAGUUGAAAAACUUUGUCAUUGUCUUCGACUCUGCGGAGGUGGACUGUCCUCCGGUGUUCAGUAGCGGGGACGUGGUGUCCGGCCGGGUGGUGGUGGACCUGUCCCAGGAGAGUCGGGUGGACUCCCUGAAGCUCCACGCCGAGGGGUUCGCUAAAGUGCACUGGACCGAGUCCCGGUCCGCCGGCUCCAGCACCGCGUACACCCAGAACUACAGCGACGAAGUGGAGUACUUGAACCGCAGAGAGGUGCUGCUGCAGGCAGAUAAUGGUGAAGUAACCGUCCUCUCUGCGGGCAGACAUGAAUUUCCAUUUAGCUUCCAGCUGCCUGAGGAGACCCUGGUCACCUCCUUCGAGGGAAAACACGGCAGCAUCCGUUACUGGGUCAAGGUCAAGCUGCACAGGCCCUGGGCCACCGUCAGGAAGAUCAAAAAGGAGUUUACAGUUAUUGAGCCCAUUGACAUCAACACACCGACCUUACUGGCACCACAGGCUGGAACCAAGGACAAGAUGGCGCGGGCAUGGUACCGCAACUUCGGACAGGUGUCUGUAACCGCAAAGAUUGACCGCAAAGGCUACACACCAGGUGAGGUGAUACCUGUCUUUGCGGAGUUCGACAACUCCACCUCCAGAUCGGUUGUGCCCAAAGCCUACAUCACUCAGACGCAGACGUUCAUCGCCCGCGGCACCAUGAAGCAGAAGCGCGCAGUGGUGGGCACCCUGAGCGGUGAUAUUGUAGGGGCCAGAUGCAGGGAGACGUGGCACGGUCGCGCCAUCAAGAUCCCGCCCGUGGGUCCCUCCAUUCUGCAGUGCCGCAUCAUCAAAGUGGAGUACAUGCUCAAGAUUUGUGUUGAUGUUCCUGGGACAUCAAAGCUGUGUCUGGAGCUGCCACUGGUAAUCGGCACAAUCCCCCUCCAUCCCUUUGGCAGCCGGACCUCCAGCGUCAGCAGCCAAUACAGCGUUGAAAUGGAAUGGCUGCGCAUGUCCAUCCCUGAGCAGCCCGAGCCUCCUCCAGAUUACUGCUCCGUGGUGACCGAGGAGGAGGCCGAGCAGCGCAACAACACGGGUGUCCCGCAGCCCGCCGAAGAUUUGAGUGGGAUCCUGGAGCGCCCCCUCAUGGAAUUUGUUCAAGAAUUUCGCUUCCGACCUCCGCCAGUGUACAGCGAGGUUGACCCCAACCCUCAGCCCUUAAACAUGAGACGUCGCUGCAUGACAUGUUGAACCAUGAGCCCGAGCCUGAGCGUCAAGCAACUUAACUUAAAGAAGCAAAUCAAGAGAUUUGUCUUCUCUUGGAUUCCUUCUCUCCAACAAAUGGCACCUGGUUCCACAGAGUGUCGCAGAUAGGCACUGGGGCUCCACGGACAGAUCAGGAGAAGGAGCCCACAGGAACUGGAUGUCAGUGGAGAAGCCGCCAUUUAUUUCCCGUCCAAAAAAGAAAAGUGGACUGUUCUGUUAAGAGGAAAGUAGCUUCUCCCUAUCAGUUCCUGUCCUCUACAAGUGAUUUUUUUGUGCUUCUUCUGGAAGUACAAAUGUCUUUCAAUGACUGGAUCCCUUAUGUGAAAUGAAUAUUGAGAGUUUAGGACACAUUGGGGAUGAAAGGUCACUUGAUAUUUGUUAGGUGGAGAGUUGGAGCAAUAACUGGUGUUAAAAGCACUGUGGAGGAGUAAACAUGUGUUUAGAAGCACGUUGCUAUGAAUGAUUAGCGUAAAAAGGUGCAAUCUUACUUUACAAGUCGUCUUGUCACGGCAACAGAGUAGAUUCUAACAACCUACACCGCUAGGACUGCAAUGUGAAUGAGCAGCAGUGAGCCUGCAAUGAUGUCUACUGUUAGUUAAGAACAUACCGUAUCUGAAGGUGUGACGUUUGAGCAGACGAAUCAAGUGAGGAGAUGUAGAUCUAUUUUAGGCGUGCCGGUCACAAUAUCUGAAAGGGAAAAAUACGUAUGCCAUAAUUAUCUGCAGUUAAUGAUUCCAUGAUAGUGUAAUGGAGUCGUUCUCUCAGAGCGAUUUAAAUGGAGCCAAAUUAAUUCUACCAGAACAAAAAUGGUGCCUUGUCUGUGGACAAAUACAGUGAGGUCAAAUGCAGUGAGGUAUGUCAAUGCAAGGCUUGAGGCACUGAAGCUGCACAGCAGAUUGUUUGUCGGUCAGCUGGCUGUGAUGGUUGGUUCCCGCACAGUGGGGAGACAGGAUCAGCAUUUUUGUGUGUAAAGCUGCACGUGGCUCUUGGAUUAGGUCUCUCCGUUGCUAAACAAAAGGUGAUGGAGACCUCUGAGCCUCGUGGUCUGGAGCUUUUGAUGGGAGCCAGAUGCCUCGGCGCUUUGCACCAGAACGCAGCGCUCCGUAGUCAAGAUGCCACUGAAGUGUACGGACAAAGAACAUUCCAAAUACUUGAGCAUUAUGUUUUCUUUCUCCUCAACUUUUAAAAAGACUAAAGAGUGUGACAGAAGACUUCAGGGUCAGCUGUGCAACUCGAGUGGUGCGCACUGAAAAAGACAAAUAUAUUUUUAUACAUUGUAGACUCACAAUCUUGCCAAAGUUUUGUUAUCUUUUUUUUGCAAAUAAAAUGAAUUUGUCUUCAA